CGAUUCACGUAUUGUAUCGCUUUUCCAUAUGUCCACUUCCGGCGCGUGUUGUCGUUCUUUUUAGCAAGAUGGCUCCUAAACCCAAACCCACGGAUAAGGCAGCUAGCAAGCCGGCUGAGAAAAAAACAGAAAAGAAAGCUGAGAAGAAGCCAACCGCAGCAGCUUCUUCUACAUCAAAAGUGACGAAACCUGCUGCUAAGCCAGCAGCGAAAAAACCAGCUGCUGCUAAAUCUACGACUGCAGCAAAGCCUGCAGCGAAACCAGCUGCAAAGCCUGCACCUAAAGUUGCUGCUAAACCAUUGGUCAGCAAACCUAAGAAAAAUGUGCAAACUACGAAGAAAACACUUAAAGGUGGAAAAGCAGCUGCACCUCUCCAGAAGGCCCUCAAAGCUCAGAAAAAGAUAUUGAAGGGUGUUCAUGGAUCGAGAGUAAGGAAAAUAAGGACGUCUGUACAUUUCCAUCGGCCAAAAACAUUCAGGCCAGCAAGGAAUCCAAAGUAUGCCAGGAAAUCAGUGCCGAACAGGAAUCGUAUGGAUGCAUUUAAUAUUAUUAAAUUUCCAUUAACCACUGAGGCUGCUAUGAAGAAGAUCGAAGACAAUAACACGUUAGUGUUUAUUGCGCACACACGCGCCAACAAAUACCAUAUUAAAGCAUCCAUAAAGAAACUGUACGACGUUGACGUGGCUAAAGUGAAUACUUUGAUCAGGCCUGACGGCAAAAAGAAAGCGUACGUGCGAUUGACGCGCGAUUACGAUGCGCUUGACGUUGCUAAUAAGAUUGGAAUAAUAUAAAUAUAUCUAUACGUGAUUUGUAAAAAAGGGAGGAUAUAUCUGUAUUGAUAAUAAAUACCGAUAUAAAAACAAUA